AUGAAUGUAAAAAGAGAAGAGAAAGAGAAUGAACAUGAGAUGAACAGCUACAGAUUGACAGAAGAAUCAAACAAUCCAAUCUACGAAUCCGUUGAUAAUGAUCUUGAUGUCAAAAGCAACGAAGAACAGCAAACAUUGCAACCAGGCCAUGUCUAUCAAGAGCUGGAAAAUUCACAGAAUAGCACUUCAUGUACCACCAAUCAUGAAUAUAGUACUCCAUGUGAUGAGAUGAUGUCGAACAGUGAUAGUCCUAAAAAUUCCCUGGCGUUCAAUGACACGGAUGGCCUUACUCACUUUAAUGAACUUUACGAAGCUAGUUGAAAAAUAAUAUUUUUCUGUAAUUGUCAAGUAGGGCAGGAAUGAAUUUAGUUUUGGUGGGAAUCACUAGUGGCACUUGCAUAAAUAGAACCUUUUAUUUAACGAUAAAAAAUUAAAGCUUCACAAUAGAAUUCUAAAACCGCGUGAAUCACGUCUUCGGGGCUCUCGAGAUGUUUCGGAUAAUCCUCGAGAUGUUUCGGGUCCAAGCCUGCACACAGACCU